AUGAAAAUGUUAUCUAAAAGAGCUACAUGUGAUGAUUCACAUGGCCAAGACUCGUCUUACUUCCUCGGGUGGCAGGAGUACCAGAAGAACCCUUACCAUGAUGUUCAAAACCCAACUGGGAUUAUUCAGAUGGGUCUCGCCGAGAAUCAGCUCUCCUUCGACAUUAUUGAAUCAUGGCUUGCGAGCAACCCGGACGUGGCCGGGUUCAAAAGAAACGGAAGAUCCAUAUUCAGAGAGUUGGCGCUCUUCCAAGACUAUCAUGGCCUACCAGAAUUCAAGAAUGCACUGGUAGAGUUCCUGGCAGAAAUUAGAGGAAACAGAGUAAGAUUUAAUCCGAACAUGCUCGUUCUCACCGCCGGUUCAACUUCAGCCAAUGAAACUCUCAUGUUUUGCCUUGCUGAACCAGGCGAAGCGUUCCUUCUUCCCACUCCUUACUAUCCAGGGUUUGAUAGAGAUCUUAAAUGGAGAACAGGGGUUGAAAUUGUUCCAAUACAUUGCUCGAGUUCAAGUGACUUCAGAAUCACUGAGCCAGCACUAGAAGAAGCUUAUCAACAAGCUCGAAAACUUCGUUUAAAAAUUAAAGGUGUAUUGAUCACAAACCCUUCAAACCCUCUAGGAAGAACAAUGAGUCCAGAUGAGCUUAACCUUCUCAUCAGUUUCGCCAUUGCUAAAAAUAUUCAUUUAGUGAGUGAUGAGAUAUAUUCGGGGUCCGUUUUUGAUUCUCCAAAUUAUAUAAGCAUCACAGAAGCUGCAACAGCCAGAAACCUCAAAGACUCCGAUGUUUGGAAGCGAAUUCACGUUGUUUAUAGUCUGUCGAAGGAUCUAGGCCUUCCCGGAUUCCGGGUAGGCAUGAUCUACUCCAACAAUGAAACAGUAGUUGCAGCUGUGACCAAAAUGUCAAGCUUUGGACUUGUCUCUUCUCAAACUCAGUACCUGCUCUCAAAUAUUCUAGCUGACAAGAAAUUCACGAAGAGUUACAUAAAAGAGAAUCAAAGGAGGCUUAAAAAGAGACAACAAAAGCUCCUUUGUGGCCUUGAGCAAACAGGUAUUGGGUGUUUGAAGAGCAAUGCAGGACUGUUCUGCUGGGUAGACAUGAGGCACCUACUAAACACUAAUACCUUUGAAGCAGAAAUGGAACUAUGGAAGACGCUCAUUUUUGAAGUUGGGUUGAACAUCUCUCCAGGGUCUUCCUGUCACUGCGUGGAACCGGGCUGGUUUCGUAUUUGCUUCGCAAACAUGUCCGACCAAACCCUAAACCUUUCACUGCAGCGGAUCAAGGCUUUUGUGGACUCUGUUGACGGUGGUGGACACAGUCAGAACCACCAACCAUCUAUCUGCAGUAAACAAAGAAGAGGAAGGUCACUCACCGAGUGGGUUCUCCAAUUAUCACUUUAUGAUCAUGAGCCAGAUCGUUAA